UGUAAGUGUGUGUGGUACGAUUGUACGUAGAUACCUAUAUCUACAAAAAAUAAAAUAAUGCUAUAGAUAUUAUUUUGUGUUAUUACAAUAUAUUGCAUUAUUACAGGCAAUAACAGUUACGAAUAAAGUGGUUCACGUUACGUAGUAUUCGAUUUAAAUUCGGUCUGUAAGCUUGCAUUGUUUUGAGGGCUUUGGAUGUUACCCGGCAACCGACAUUGGCAGGUGGCAAGUAUAUGCGUCGUGCUUAUGUUUGAACGCGCACUGCAGUUAGGUUUUUUGAAACGUCAAAUAAUCUAUUGGCUGACGGUGUAUCAAACUAUGUAACACGAUUAUAACAUACAAUAAUUUAUUAUUAUGAGACAUUUUUUUUUCUUAUUAUGACUGGUUUAUAUUGUAUAUUUUAAUAUUAUUAUACCUACACGUUAAACGCGGUACGAGUGGAGUGCAAACUGCAAGCAUGUCUUGGUCGGACGACCGCGCUGUAGAUGCAGUCCAUUGGCAGAUCCUCAAAAACCAUCUGAAACCUAACGUCUGGCCUACGUCACGGGAGAUGUUGAAAUACAAACAAGAACUCGAUACUUCCAGACACGCUGAUCUGAAUCAACUUGCCAGUUCGAUACAAGAAAUGAAAAAAAAACUAUCCUAUUUGAAAAAGACUGCGUUGGACGUGAAUAAAAUCAAAAUAGUAGGGUUUGAAAAUUUUAGAAAUGAUAUAAAGACAUUUGAGUCGAAGCUGUCAAAAUUAAAAGAAGGAUGCUCAAAAAAAUUACGAGAAGAGAGCCUUAAGCAAUCCGUACUGUUUGAAGAAAUUGAACGGGUAAAGCAAGUAGCACUGCAUGACGUAGUUUCAAAGCCACACGCCGAUACUACCAGUAAAAAAAAGAAGGAAACAAAAACAAUCAAACGAGUUCCAAUUUCAAAAAAUACUUACUCCUCAAAAGAAGUAGCAGAUUUUCACGAUUUCUGUUCACGUAACUAUGGUUUUACGGGAGGUUGGUCUAGCAAAGAUCACGAAAUAUUUUUAAAGAUUCGUUCCAAGCAUGUCGAUGCUGAGGAUUUCGUUGAUCAUGUUGUACAAGCAAUGCCACAUAUAACUGAGAAUGCUGCACGUGAACAUGAAAACUGGUUCGUCAAAUUUGAAGAACUUAAAAAUAGACAAAAAGAAGCAAUAACAAAGUGGAAAAAAGAAAAAAAAAAUGGUUUUGUGCUUGACUGCAAUCCAAAUAAUUGUGACAUGCUAAGAAAAUGUACGGAUCACGUUCCAGAAAUCACGCAGAAAUGUUCCAGUGAUGAUUUAGAAAAACAAAUAAAUGUAAAUCACGAUAUCAAUAAUUCUCAAAUUGAUGUCGUUGAAUUGAAAAAACUCGACAACUGUGGCACUACUUUACUAAAGCAUUUCAGAGAAAAAGAUAAAAGAUGUAUAGAGUCUAAAAAAACAAAUAAACGACUGGAGUGUCAACGUAAAUCGGACGCAUUUACCAUAGUUACUUUGCACGGAAAUUCAGAAAAAUAUGCUGAAAUUGAAUCUUUAGAAAAACUUCCAAAUGUGCAUUUAAGCAUUUACGGUGCACAUAACCAAGAUGUGAAAGUGGUGUUAAAGUAUCAAUAGACUAAAAAUAUUGUACAGAUACAUUUUUUCGUUUAAUGACAAUAUUAUUAUCACAAUAUAUACAAACGUUCAUAAUUAUAAACAAAAAUGAUAUAUCAAAUACAAACUUACAUUUCUUAUAAUAUUGUGUACAAACAAAAAUUAAUAAAUUGAGAAUUAACUAUUAUUGCUUAACACGUAAUGGUGUUACCUAAGCUGACAACUUUAACUUCGUGUGUGGUGACGAUUACAAUGAAACACAUCUUCAUAGCUCUAUGACAGUUUAUAGACUAGGUACCUAUCAUAAUGUAUAAUCAAGACUCAAGUCUCGAACGAUCUCAUUCCCUCGCUUGAAGAUACCGGACUGGAUAAACAAAAUUAAUUAUUGCAAAUAUUAAGCAAUCUACCCUAUUGUACAUAUUAUAUUACCUAUCUAUUUCAUAAAAAAAGGUAUAUUUUAUUUUCAAAUAUUUUAAAUUAUAGAUAUUAAAUUUCAAGGUGACCAUUGGGUCACAGUGUAGAAGUCUUCAGGGGGCAUAUGAUGGCUAUAUUGGGUAGGGUUAGUGAGCCAUGUGAGCAGAGGGAUUCUCCCUCCAGUAUAUAUAAUAAAAAUUGUAAUUUAUUAUACUUAGACAUUUUAUGAAAAUAUGCUUAAGCUAAUGGCUUUAUUAGCUGAUGUUGUAUAUGAUAAAA